CCGGCACCGCGUAAUCAUCAAAGGUAUAAGGUGAGCAACUUCAACCCAGCUCCAAUGUUCCUCUCUUCUCUCUUUAGUGCAUCGAGGGCGCUCCUAAAAUGACCACCUGGGCAAUUUCCUAUGACAAGCGGGUUCAAAUGUUGGGGACGAUGGAGAAGUCCUCGAAACCCAGCACAAUUCCACAGGCACGAACGAGGCGCCGCACCCAAUUUGUGCUCCUCUUAGGCCUGGUCGGUCUGGCGGGCUUGUACCACCUGGCGGCGAGGGGCUGGCCGCAGUUUCGUCGCCACUGCUCACAUCCCCAUCGCAAUCUUGACUCUCCCUAUGGUAGCUUCCCCCAGCCAAGAGACGCAUUUAGGUUCCUUCCAUGCACAAACAAGACAUUCCCACCGGCGCUGGACGACAAGAAUCAUGAAGCGAGUUGGGCCAAGCUAUUUGAUCCAGAGCCGGACCAUUGGACCUGGGGGAACAAAACGUCGGCCAGCUCUGAGGACCCCUUUGCCGAGCGAGGUAUAUUCCUAUGUGGCUACAUUGACGUGCCAUUGGACUAUAAGAACGAGUCUGAUACCCGCAUCGCUCGUCUGGCGGUGACCAAGUUCCAGGUCUCAGGGCUUGCCCGCACAGAUGGCUCUUCCCCUGCUGGGGCAGGCACCAAGAGCGAGAGGACGCUUGUUCUCGAACCUGGAGGGCCGGGCGGAAGUGGAACUCGCAUGGUCUGGACUUCAGGGGAGCUGCUGACCGAGCGCUUCACCCUCUCCAAAUUCGAUACCCUAGGGUGGGAUCCAAGAGGAGUCAACGCGAGCCAGCCGGCGAUAUCCUGUUAUCCCUACGAUGCCGACAGAGAUAGGUGGUCAGCCCUGACAGGCCAGUACCGCGAACAACACUCGGACCCCGAAACACAGCUGAGGAUAACGGACGCCAUGAACAAUGCUACUUUUCAUGCUUGCUGGAAGAGGCACGGUGAUCUCGGACGCUUCUUGACAACGACAUUGGUUGCCAGGGAUCUAGAGGAGAUCAGAAAAGGCCUGGGGGAGGACGACCUGACCGGCUAUCUUGUAUCGUACGGCACAGGAAUUGGCCAGACUUAUGCACAGAUGUUUCCAGACAGCGUUGGCCGUAUCAUUUUGGAUGGAACGGAAUAUGUCCGUGAUCAUCGACUGCUUGGUGGCUUUGGGUGGACCGCCCUCGAUAACGUAACAGAUGCCUUUCGCGAUGGCUUCUUAGGCGAGUGCCUGAAUGCCGGACCAGAGCACUGCGCGUUGGCAAGGCCACAUGGUGGACGAGCAGUCGUGCUCAAAGAUUUGGAACAUCGCAUAAAGGCACUGAUCGCUGGUCUCAUCAGUGAUCCGAUUCCAGGCUACACUGAGGAAAGUGGCCCUUCCCUGGUAACUUAUUCUGCUCUCGUCGGCGCCAUCUACGGAUCAUUAUACAAUGCAAAGAGUUGGCCGGCUCUAGCUGAAAUGAUAUAUGAGCUGGAGGCCGGCAACUCAACGCUAGCUGCCGCCUUCCUUGAAUCAUCAGCCUGGGAAUAUGAGCCGAUGUCGCCCCCACUACCUUCCCCUCGGCCUUCGACAGACGAGCUCACCUACAUGGUUAUAUGUGGUGAUGCAUAUGACGCGCCAUCACAGGGACUUGACUGGUGGUCUUCACUGUGGGCAAAUAUGACCUCCAAGAGCUUCAUCUCGGGCAAUUCUCGGUUCUCGAACGUCUUCCCAUGCCGCCACUUUAGCACAUACUGGCCAGACGUAGCUGAAGCAUACAGGGGUCCACUGAACCACACGUUGAAGAACCCUGUUUUGCUGAUCGCAGAGACCUACGACCCUGCAACCCCGUUAAGGAACGGGAGGCGACUAGCAGCUGAGAUGGGCAAGAAUGCCAGACUUAUAGCUCAUCACGGAUAUGGUCACUCUUCUCGAGACUUGUCUAACUGCACGGAAAGUCUGGCGAAGGCUUUCAUAUUGAACGGAACGCUCCCUGAUGAACCAGAGACGGCGUGUUACGCCACCGAGAAGCCCUACUUGUAUGGUAUCAAGAAUGGCGAAGUCUCGAACAUGGGAGCCACGAAAAUGGCUCUGGACCCGGUUGCCUCUUGGAAAGAACACAUUCUAGAGCUGUCCAAGUGGCAGCCCUGGCUGCUUGUGAGACAGCGGUGAGCUUUGGGCAGAAUAGUAGAAUUUUGAUCAAGGCGAUGUGUGGCCUGAUUGUUCUGGAGGCAUCGAUACACAGCUUUUUGGGCAGCAAACACAUUUGAGCUGUUGGAACAUUGGCUUCGUCACCGGCUGAGCGUACAAGACAGCGGGAUUGUGUGACAAUGGCGAGUAUGUAUGCACUCUGUGGACCGGAAGCUUCUACCUGUUACAACGUUGUUCUGGCCUGGGUGCACCACAGCGGGCUGGAGCGAGACAAAUUUGAGCCAUGGUCUUACGGCCGCUGAAGCAGCCCACACCGCCGUUGUUACCGCCGUUGUUACCGCCUUCGGCUACACCUGUUCUGUUUGGUAUUAUCAGAGGCUGGACUGAUGUUGCCCAACGUCAUUACCUCAAAGUGAAGUGCACAGAAAUGUGAUGCAGAGAUGCUGCAGAAUCCCAUUCAGGUCGACUCACCUGCGGUUUCCACUUUCCCCAUAACAGCGUGUGAAAUGAGCA